GAGAUAUUAUUUAAAAUUAUGUACCAAUAGGCAACUCAGUAUCCGAAUUAAAAGUACAAAACACAACUCUGUAGACAUUUUAGUAAGAGUUUGAAUCAAAAUAUAGCAUCAAAUGGGGUUUGUGCUUUGGGGUUAAGAUGUUAGUUUGCUCAUGGACCAUAAGAACUUAGAGCUAAUAGUUUAUAAACUGGAUAUGUUGAAUAAGUUAUCCCUGCCAACAACUACAAUAAGGUUCAAGGGAUCAACCCAAUGGUUGUUAAUUACAAGAGUAAAUGAUGAAGAUAAUAAAAUUAGCAUAAUUAUGCAAGCAUUUCAAUCCAUAAACAGGUCAAUGCAAGAAUGGACCCACUUGUACUUUUGCACAUGGGGAAAGUGAAUUAAAUACAAUACCAUAUUUAUAAAGUUAAUACUAGUAAAGCUUCUAUAUGAAUAUCUAUUAGAUAGAUGUAAUAACAAAUGAAACAAAUGAACUAACAAUAAUUACAGGCAGAUCUUACCUAACAGAUACUUGUUAUGAUAUUAACUAACAUGGAGCACAUCUUUCCAGGAUAACAAGUACUUUGCAAUUUUAUUAAUUUUAAGCAAAUUCUGUAUCUCUUAAAAUAAGGAUAGGACAAGGCAAAGUAAGGAGACACUCAGGGAGCAAGCGACAUUAUCAAAUAAAUUAUACAUGAUUAAGAAAGAUCAAAGGAAGAGAAAUAAUAAUAUUAAUAAAUCUAUAAUAAUGCUUAAAGGCAUUAUGAUUAAAAAUUGAAGGAGAUUUAAUCUUAAUAGUAAUAACAGCUUUAUUGAAAUAUAUUAUUAUAUAUA